AUGCGCGUUCUAUUUUUUCUCUUGACUUUUUCGUCUAUUUUUGUCCAAAAUGUUUUUGCUCAAAAAUUAUGUUAUUCGGUAGGUUAAAAAUGAAGCCGUAUGUAUUUACAGUAACUAAAUGAAAUUGCAGUGUGCCAGUCAAGGAUUGAGAAGUAAAUGGUAUUUGACUGGACUUCCACCAGUUUCAAGUUCACUUUUUACAACAAGUUGUGAUCAUACUCCAGCAGUUACUGCAUCUUGCGCAGGUCCUUGUAUGGUUAUGAGUUUCACUGAUCCAGGUUUGUUUGCAUUCAAAUUUCCAGAAAUAUUUUUUGAAAAUGUUGGUUUCUAGAUACAUCUGGAAACACAAUUCAAACUUAUUAUGUGCGAGGUUGUCAUCAAACUCUAACACAAUCUCGCGCUGAUCGUUUUGAUGAUAAUAGCACCAGAACAUUUUGUGAAAUUGAUGAGACUUAUAGUUUGAAUGGGCAGGACAAAACAAGUGGACAAUCGACUCGAAUGGUGUUUUUGCUUUGUAAUGACAAUGAGUGUAAUAAUCAACAAUUUGAUGUGAAUUCGAGAUUUACUUGUGAUAAUCAAACAACUGGAUGUAAGUUUUCGUUUGGCUUUUCAAAAAUAUAAACCUUAUCACAAUUUUUUUAGUGUUGAACGGAAAUGCUGUGAAUUGUUAUGAUUGUUUGGCAAAACAAGGUUCAAAUUGUUUCGACUCGCGUUGUAGCAAAAAAUAUUGUCUCAAGAAAAGUGUGUCAAUCGGAGGAGGAACACAAAUUCUCAAAACUUGCUCAAAUGUCAAUAUUUAUGGUGUUGACAAUACUUGUCAAACCAACGAUGUUUCGAUGAAUCCAGCUGGUGUUUUGGUGCAAAAUAGUGUCACUCAAUGUUUGUGCAAGGAUAA